AUGGAAAUACCAAACUAUGAUAGUGGUGACAAUCCAGAUAAAAAAUAUAAACAGUUAUUUCCUUACAUGCCAUCAGACACAUUUAGAAUGUUAAUCUGUGGAAACAGUGGAAGUGGUAAGACUAAUUUGUUGUACCAUGUGUUAAUUAAACCACUGUUGUACUAUGAUGAGAUUUAUCUUUACGCGCGUAAUUUAGAACAGGAUAAGUACCAAAAUGAGUUUGGAUAGAGUGCGAGCCAGCGAGCCAUGCGAGCCAUGCGAGUCAUACAAGCGAGCCAUGCGAGCCAUGGCAGCGAACCAUGCGAGCCAUCUGAAAACCUAUCUACACGAACGAUGAAACCGUAUCGGUUUCAAAACGCGCAAAGCGUUUCUAACACGUUUCUAAAUCCUUUCUCUUGAUCACGUGGUAUGCCACUUUUAAAAAACUUCAAGAAAAGACAGACAAACACUGAUAGAAGCAACGGUUUCUUUCCCCGCUUGGAUCGAUGUUUAGCGUGAAACCACGCUUCGUUGCUUCAACGAGACACUGCGUGCGUCGAUAGACCUUGUCACGGUUUUCGACGCUAUCCUGACGAGUAGGCAAACGCGUGAGAAAUUACAGUGUUUGUAUGAGAAUCCAAUGUCGAAUAAUUUCCGUAGAACGGCUGUUCUGAAAAAAAUAUGAUUUGUAAACUAAAGCUUCACUCCUAAGGCUUCUCCUGAAAAAAUUUGAGGGCGUUACAUGCACUAGAAGACCUAGAACCACUUUUUAAAAUUUUCUAUACAUUUGUCUGUAAGAAAGUCCCGGGAAAAUUACAGACAAAUAUUUGGAAAAUCUAAAGCAAGUCUCUGAAGAAAUUUACGCACAGGUACGCCCCCCAAAUUUUUUAGGACAAUCCUUUGCUUUGUAGCUUUAGUUUACAACUGAUAUUUCUUUCAGAACAGCCGUUUUACGGAAAUUAUGCGACAUUAGAUUCUCAUACAAACACUGUAAUUUCUCACGCGUUUGCCUACUCGUCAAGAUGGCGUCGAAAACCGUGCCAAGGUCUAUUUGCCAUCUGCGAACUAAAUAAAAUACAUAAAACAUUAGCAAUGAUGAAUAAUUCAUUGCACAAAACAGCUGACAACAGACUAAAGCAAAGGUAAAUCAGGUAAAUACUCACUUUUAGAAGCAGUUUAUUGCUAGAUUGAUUCGACUGAACUGGAUUGUCCAAAAGGAUUGAAGACUCUGAAGAUCCGGCCACGAGCACGCUGAACGGUUCGCAAGAACGAAACAGGAGACAAAGACUAUCAGAGAGGGGAGAGAAAGUCAAAAUUUGUCGCUCUCCCUCGACCCAGACUGUUCGCGUCCAAAAUAACAUGGCCACCGCGUGAGCCAUCGCUGUUUAAUAUUCGCGAUUGAAAGCACAUUUCUAGCAGCAAAACCAAUUACAAAACGAACUAUUUCCAAUUAGAAUAUUAUUAAAAAUUUAUAUUUUCCGAUGGCUCCCAUGCCUCGCAUUGCUCGCACGCCUCGCAUGGCUCGCUGGCUCGCAGAUUAUCCGGACCCACCAAAAUCUAAUUCAAAAAAUGAGGGAGUUGAGUAGUAAACUAGGAUAUGAAAUACUUCAUGUGAGUAAUGAUGAAAUAACCCCAGUGACAGAAAUGGAUUAUGAAGACAAUCAAAAACUUGUGAUAUUCGAUGACUACGUUUGCGAUAAAAACCAGAGACAACUAAUUGAUUAUUUCAUUCAAGGACGACAUAAGAAUUGUUCAGUGGUAUACCUCAGUCAAUCGUUUUAUAAAAACCAAAGGACAUUCGGCUGA